AUGGUAAGAAUGAUUCGUUUAGACCCGAUAUUUCUUGCUAGAAACAUCAAUGAUGCUGUUUAGUCUUCUUGCUUUUUGUUUGGCAGUGUAUGAAAUUUCUUUUUAGACGACCACCCUCCAACCUUAUCUUGAUGCUGUCCGACGAACUUUAGAUGCCGCUUUAUGUCUGGAGCAAUUUAGUUCCCAAGUUGUUGAAAGACAUAAUAAACCAGAAGUGAGUGGCUAUUUGUUUGUUUGAUUUCAUGUUUAGGUGGAAGUGAGAACGUCCAAGGAAUUACUGCUUCAGCCAGUUAUUAUAGCUAGGAAUAAGAAUGAACGGGUGUUAAUCGAAGGCUCUAUAAACUCUGUACGUCUUUCGAUCUCUGUCAAACAAUCAGAUGACAUUGAGAAGAUUCUCUGUCACAAAUUCACCAACUUUAUGGCACAACGAGCAGAUGAUUUUGUUGUUUUGAGAAGGAAAGCAGUUCCGGGAUAUGAUAUUAGCUUUUUGAUAACUGCAGCUCACAUGGAGAGCAUGUACAAACACAAGCUGGUCGACUUCCUUAUUCAUUUUAUGCAAGAAAUUGAUCGAGUACGAGUUUUGUUCAUAGUAUUCUACUGAUGAUGAAUUAUCAAGUGUAAUAUAAAUAUAAUAUCAUUUUAGGAAGUCAACGAGAUGAAACUUGCUUUGAAUGCCCGAGCUAGAACCUCAGCGGAAGAGUUCCUCAAGCACUUCAACUGA